GUGGGGCAUAUUGUGCUAUCUUGUACAUUUUAAUGCUCUCAAGCGGAGUGGUGUCACAGGAAACAUGAAGGUAGAAGUUAGAAAGAAAGGUCGACCCAGAGCUGAAAACCAAGAGCUCCGGAGUAUUCCCGCAAGCAUGGUGGCUCUGUGGAAAGAAGAGUUUAAGAUCUGCUCCCGUGUAAAAUGUCCCAACUCUGGGUGCUGGCUUGAAUUCCCAAGUAUCUAUGGACUAAAGUACCAUUACCAGCGUUGCCAGGGGUCUACAAAACUGGACAAACUUAAUCAUCAGUGCCCUUAUUGUGAAGCUGUUUUUGCAUCUAAAACCCGUUUGGAGAAGCACAAAAGUUGGAAUCAUGAAGAGAGAGUUUCUCAGGAAGCAAAAUCUGAAAUGAAGGCGCAUCAAACAUCGGUAAAAGAAAGUGCUAAAAAAAGAGUUGCAGAAAAAAAUCUUUCUCCAGUAAAAAACAAACUGAAGAAAUCCUGUGAAGUGCUGGAGCGCUCUCAGAAUGGAGAAUACAUCAGCCAAAAUUCUGGUGCAAAACAAAUGUCAAGUCAUGCAUCAGAUUGUUCUGUGAAAUCUCCACGCAGUGCUGAUGUUGAGUCAGGUGGCUGGCCCACACAGUUUCAAGAGGAGGACCCUGAAAGAACAAAGCACAGAAGAAAACAGAAGACUCCAAAAAAAUUCACAGGCGAGCAGCCUUCUAUUUCAGGAACGUUUGGCUUGAAAGGACUCCCAAAAUCUGAGGAGAAAAAACCUGGGAGAGGAAAACAACCAGGAGGAAAUACUUGCAGGGGGAAGCCUAGAAAGAAGUCAGCAAGCUCCAGCUUUAAAAAAGAGUCUGUAGUCUACUCUCCAGGAAGCCAAGAAGAACAGUGGCAGCACAUAAUCUCAGAGAAAGGUGAAAUCCUCUGUCCCACCUGCACACUUGUUACAAGAAAGACUGUUCCCGGUCUCAAAAAACACAUGGAAAUCUGCCAGAAACUACAGGAUGCCCUCAAGUGUGAACACUGUUCAAAGCAGUUUAAGUCCAAAGCAGGACUGAACUACCAUACAAUGGCAGAGCAUAUUAACAAGCCCAUUGUAAGUGGUGACUCUGUCUAUGAUGAACAAGAAGAACGAGAGCGGCUGAGGAAAGUUCUGAAACAAAUGGGAAAGCUGAAAUGUCCCAGUGAGGUCUGCACAGCCACAUUCUCCAGCCUCAUGGGUUAUCAGUAUCACCAGAAACGUUGUGGAAAAGAACCUUCUGCUGUGGAAAAGCCUUUCUUUGUUUGCAAACAAUGCAAAAAAUCAUACAAGUCUAAAGCUGGCCAUGACUACCAUAUUCGUUCAGAGCACCCUGCGAAGAAUCCACAACCCAAGAAGAAACCUGUAGAAAAAGAGGAGCAAGAAACAGAAGAAUUUGGUAGAACCCCCAGUGGACGAGUUCGGCGAAAGUCUGCGCAGGUUGCAGUCUUCCACCUCCAAGAGAUUGCAGAAGAUGAGCUGACCAAGGACUGGUCCAAACGUAGAAUGAAAGAUGACCUGGUUCCAGACACCAAGAGACUUAACUACACACGACCUGAGCUUCCAAAAUUUAACUCAAAAACCUUGGAAAACUGGAAGAAUGAAGUUAGGGAAAAAGGAUUCAUCUGCUGUCCAAACAAUCGGUGUGAAGCUGUUUACUCGAGUGUUUCAGGACUGAAAGCCCAUCUUGCAAACUGUAUUAAGGGUGGAGGUUCUCUUGGAAAAUACAGAUGCCUUCUGUGUCAGAAAGAUUUCAGCUCAGAAAGUGGAGUAAAAUACCAUAUUGGUAAAACACAUUCAGAGAAUUGGUUUCGAGCAGCUAAUCGGGUAUCUCACAGAAGUAAACAAAAGGAACAAGAUGGCUUAAAAAAUGCAGUGGCUAAAAGCACAACAGGAAAAAAGCGUGGAAGAAAACACAAAGAAAGGCCUUAUGAACUAACUCACCCAAUUGUUGAGAAGACCAGCUCAAAGACUGGUACUGGCAGUGAAUCAAACUGUGUCAUUUUGGAAGCUGGAAACCACAGAAUUCGUGAAGAGAAAAGAAAAGAUGUGAAAUUUACAGCUAAAAAAAGGGGACGGUCUAGAAAGAACUGUCUUGAAUAAACCUUGUGGGCAGUCACUGCACUGUUGGUAUUUUACUUGUUUUUGAAGGAGAGUUUUUAGAAUUCAGGGUAUGAAAACAUGUUUCUUCAGUUUAAAAUAGUUUUAAUUUCCCUUUUGUAGCUGUUCUUUAACAUUGCAGGCUUCCUCCAAAUUACGAACAACUUCUUUAUGAAAAUUCAGGUACUCAGAAAUGCUCUUUUGUUGUCUUGCAAACUACAAUGAAGCUGAAUUUUCAACGUUUUGAAAACUGAAUGUGGGAUGAUUUUCAAGUGUAUGCUGAUAGCUCAAACAUCUGAUCAUCUUUGAAUCUUUCCAAGUAUAUUUUGUUAUAGCCUGCAGAUUAGGGUGUUGCUAGAUGUUGGGGAUAUGCAAUCACAGUCUCAGUCAAUAUCGCAGGUGACACCACAUCCACAUGCUAUGGUUAAAUCAACUUGUCACACAUGCUGCCCAAGUCUUCUCGCAUCUUGAAUAUCAUGCCCGCAAUAAAGGUUGUGAAAGAGUUGAAGAUAAAAGACCAUUCCUUUAAAUGUGAAACUUGAAGUGAAAAAGUGUAUGUAAACAGCCUUGUCAAACAGUAGUCAAUGAAAGGAAAAUGUCUUGUAAGGGUUUUUUAUAUCUGAUGUUGACAUUAAAUUAAUUCUGCUCAGUUUUCAUGUAUUUUGGUGUUAUUUGAGCAGACAUUGAUGGUCUUGUCAGCCAGAGGCCACAUAUUUUUUUGCAUUUAAACUGAUGGGUAUUAUGUGUUUUACAUUUUGAUAAUUCACUGUAUGAAGGGAUUUUCAGAAAAUGAUUUGCUUCGCAACAUGGGGGAAGCCUGUAUAUGUGUCUCACUAAAACACAUUGCAUCUUCUAAUAGAUAUUGAAUGAGUAACAGUGGGUUGCUUGAUGUGUUCAGUUAUAUUGUAAUUCUAGUGGCCUCAUGCUAUAGGUAAACCAAUAUAGAUUCUGCCUAUAUACAGAAGUCAGUCAAAAGCACUAUAUAUCAAUUUCCAUUGUAUUUUAUAAUUAAAGAAUUCUACUCCCAUUCAGUUUGUUUGAAACAUUAAUCUACAUUUAGCAAUCAUUUUUGCCAUUUUUUUUAAAACCUAUUCAUUGUCUUGUUCUUUUCGAAAAGAAAGGCCUGUCCAAGAUUUUGUGUCUUGUGUGUGCUUCCUAGUUUUUCUUUCUCUAGUUGUUAUGAUGAUUUCUUAGCUUAGCUUGCCAGCAUUACUGUUCUCAGAGAGUGCCUCAUCUUUGUGUUCAAUGUACAGGGUUUGUUUUGCAUGUUUUUAUACACUUUUUUUAAGCAUGUAUUCUGCCAGAAACUCUGUUUUCUUUUACGCCACUAUAUUUUUCUAAUAAUUGUGUAGGUAAUUAUUUCAAAAUUUUUCAAGUCAUGACAGAACAAUAAAAAGAAACAACAACACAUCUUUUGUAGGACUUCUUAUUAUUACUAUAGUAAGAAAUGCACAUAAGUCUUAUUUUAAUAGUAGUCUACCUGUCAUAAUUUGAUAUUAAAAUUUAAAUAAAUGGCAAUCACAAAUCUAGUUUAAAUCUGACAACAAAAAGUUGCAACUUAAGUCAUGUCCUCUCCACACCACACACACAAAGAAUAGAACCAAUAAAAAAAUCCCCACCUAACAACCCAAAAACACCUCAAAAAUUUAGCAAAGAAAAAAGUGAUGUAUGAUUUAGCAAUCAAAAGCAGGAUUGCAAAUUACAGACCUUUGCACAGAAAAUCAUAUGAAGCACUGGUUCAGGUUGACUGUGGGCAGUCAUAUUAUAGAUAGAUUAAACAGAGAGAGCAUACAAAGAAUCUGUCUUAUCUGUGCAUUCUUUCUGGUGUAUUACUCAUUCUGUAUACCUUCUUCCCUGCAAGCCUUAACUGAGAGAAAGCUGGUAUAGAAAAAUGAAUAUGAAAAAUUAAAUGAUAAAAUGUAAAUACAUUUUAUAAAUAUAGUGAUUAUUUUCUUUUACGCUGUUCUGCAUGUAGGAAUAGUAGACCUUUUUUAUGCUUGCUUCUCAGUUCACUGCAAUCUCGGUGGCCAAGCAAAUAAUUCUUUUUUUUUUUUUUAAUUUAGACAAUUUAAUAGUUUUUUACAUUUAUUAUAUUCUUGUAUCUUUUUUACAUUUUAUGACUGUUAUUAGUGUUUUAGAUGGUUUUUUUCCCCAUUUUCUGAGUAAUGACCAGAUGUGAGUAACCAGAUGCUCUAAACUGUGUAAUCAUCUGAUCUGAAGAAAAUUCCAGUUCAAGAUCAUAGUAAAACAAGUUAUAGUAGCCACAGAUGUGUUCACUCUUGCUUAUACUGUAUGACAAGCUGAAGUUAUAUGUACUUACCCAUUUAGGGUAUUAAUACCUACUGUAUUCAAAAAGCUGAUUGUUAUUAAUUAACCAAUGGAUUGUUGGCUUGAGUAGUGUGGAUCUUCUACAGAAUAGUGGUAACUAAGGUGAGACUUAAGGAUUUGUAGAAGCCUCCUGAUUUUAUCCACAAUCUGUCACCUCUUUAUGAACAUAAUUUUAGUAAAUGACUGAAGGAAUGAUAUUGUAGGUACAACAGCCAAAAUGAAAUUCCUGUGCAGGGUGGCCAAGUUUAUGAGUUCAUGGACCAAAGGGUAGAUCUCUUGCUUAUGAGUAUUUGAAGCAGCCAUUUAAAGUGGUUCCAACAUCUAGUGAGCAUAUCACCUGGGAAAUUUUAUAAUAACAUUGGGAAUUUUCCAGAAGAAACUUUUAUUGGCCAAAAUAAGAGUUGGGUUUGAACUUCUUAGCUUGUUAACUAACUACCAAGACAAAUGAUGAAAAAUUAGUCAGAGUUUGUAAUGCUUUUGUUUUCCAUUUUUAUUGAAAUGUUGAUUUUGAUGAAUAUGUGAGAUGUAAUAAUUUACCUGGUAGACUGUAUCCUCUUUAAGUGACCAUUUCUUUGUACAGUUUUGUUGUUCUUUGUUAUUUUUUUAUAUUUCACAAUUAAUAUAGUAUUUUUUUUUAUAAGUAGAUGUUUAUGUUUAUACAAUAUUUAUAUUCACCUUGCAAUGUGUGGAAUCUGUCAGAACAAUUAAGAUGUUAGACUUACCAUAUCUGCUGAUGAAUCUAAUCAAAAAAUCUGUUAAAAUCCAGUAAGGCCACACUGAGUUUCCAUUUGGAAUACUGUUUGCAGUUCUGGUCACUACAGUAUAAAAUAGAUAGCUGCAGUAGAAACUGUACAGAGAAAAAAUAUAUGUACAUCCAUGACCUUUCAGGUAUGACCAACUGAGAUAUCUUACAGUGACUCAGUGUCCUUCAGUCCUAAGACCUCACAACAACUAAAUCCAGUUUUAAAAACUUUCCAAAUUAUUUUUAAUAAAAUAUUUACUCAUGCAAAUGCACUCUAAAGAAGCUACUUGUUUUGGAAGAUGUUACUUGGACUAUGGAGCAAACUGCCUGUUCAUUUGUUGAAAUUUGUAGCCUACCAUCUUUAGAUCCUGUAUUACUAGAUGUAUAAUUGUACUACAGCAACAUUACUUUCACCAUCCAAAUGAAUUAGAUGAACAGAAUAGGCUUAUUUGUAUUCUUUACUAUAUGUUCUUUUGUUACUGUUCUGUAUUAAAGUGUAAUUUCAAAUUAGCCCAAGAUAAAUAAAGUAUACAUUACAAAAAACAAAUUUAUAUUUCUAUACAUUUAGCAAGAAGUUUACAUUUGCACAGUAACAUUACAUUCAGACACAUUAAUUUAGGAAGUGUUUGCUCAUUAAAUAUUUAAAUCCCUAAUUGCAGAUGCAGUCCAUCUAUUUACAGUAUGAUCAUUCUUUCCAGGAUGAUCUUUAAUACUAUGGUUUUAUUUUAAGUGGGUGGGAUUUUUUUCUUAAAUGUUGUGAGUAUUUACAGUGGUAACCUAGGGCGUCUGGUACAUUGAUUAUGGAUCCUUUACUGUGGAGCAUUAUGAGGAUUAACAUGACUUAAUUAAUGUACAAAAAACUUCUGAAGUGAAUUUAAAACAAUUAAAGUAUAAGUAGCACAGCAGAUAUUGUGGCCUUAAAUUAUUUGGAACAUUUUUCAGUUCUAUUUGGGGUGUGUUAUCUGUGGAUUUUGCAUCUAUCUGUUUCACAUACAGUACACUUUCAAAGGCAUGCAGUUAGGUAGAUUAACAAAUCUAAAUUGGCCUGGUCUGCAGUCCUGUAUGAGGUUUUCUUGUUGUAGACAUUAGUCUGAAAGAACUUAGCCUGAAUGUUUUGUUUCAUAUUAUUCAUGCAAUUUUGAACAUCUCAAAUUUGCACCUUUUUUAAGUAAAAUGUAUACAUAUUUACUUCACUGGUCAUUUGAUCUAUGCAGGUGGCCCAGUACAUACAGUAAACAGUGGUCCAUCUCAGGGCAUACACACAAUUACAAUUCAUCUGUUUUGAGAUGUAUUGAAUUUUAAAAAUUGCAGUCCAAUAAUAAUUGCAAAUGCAUAACAUGUUAGGAUGACAAUCCCAGAAAUUGCACUGAAAAUAGUAUCUGAUUCAGGGAGCUAUUUGACAAGAAAGCUCCAUGUAAAGUAGUUUUUCAUGUAGAAUAAUGGGAAAAUA